GAACAAAUCAAAAUUCAAUUUUGUUAGUUUUGUUUAGAUUCAAUCAUACAAUGAAAUUGUGUCCUUGAAUUAUUGCAUUAGGGUUGUGGAAAGAUUGCUAAAAUCUGUGCUUGAGUGUGAAACUUUAUUGAGUUCUUAUUUAUAGCUUUGUGGAUUGUACAACAAUGUCGAGUUUUACUGCCAUAGCACUGAAUAAGUUGAUAGAGCCGGGAGAUUCAAAUCCGGUUGAUAAAUCUACUCCAACUUCCAUUCCUAUUCUGAACUCACAGAAGCUCGAGAGGAGUACUAAAGCACCUGCCAAUAAAAGUAAGCCUCUUCGUCCUCCAUUGAAGCCUACGCUUUAUUCCACUCCUGAGGUGACACCCCUUCCGGAAACUCCUUCCUCGUUCCCUCCUUCACCAUACAUCAUCAACCACAAACGUCGUGGCCCAAGUCUCCUCAUCAAGAGUUCNUCUGAUUCUGAUGUGGAUAUUCAUGAUGAUGAAAAUCUUAACGACAAUAACUUUGAUGCUGUUUUUGCAAGUUCAGCUGGUGACCUCCAUGUUACUUUUACAAACACUGAAGUUGUUAAAGAGGAUAUGGUGAAUGGUGUCUAUGACGGCAAACUGGAUAGCAGCAAUGGUGCUGACCCUGCAAAUUGUACCAUAGAAACUGAAAGUAGUAGCUUAACCGAUUAUUUACUCAAGGACAAGUCACUGACGUUGAAUUUGGACAGAGCUAGAGAGGUUGAAGAGUUUUUUUAUCCACCAGAUUCAAUGAGUUUUGCAAGCAAUACAGAUGGGGAAGAAAAUGCAACAGACAUUUCUAUGAAAUUCUCGAAUUCUCGAAUCCCUAAUUCCCAAUUAUGA